UCUUCCUUCUUCUGUUUUGCUCAUACCAUCGCACUCUCAAGGCCAAGCAUGCGUACGAUGUCUCAAAUUUGAAAUUCGAAAAGCAAAUCUUCCAAUAUUUUGAUGACAUCUCUCGCUCGAUUCUCGCUGGCCGUUUGAAUCCUGGGUUUCUGUUCAAUUUCUUUCUAGGGAUUCGUUUCUUUUCCCCUUCUUUGUUCGUUUGAGUAGAAAGGGUUUAGGGUUCUUUUAAGGUUUUAUGUGAAGAUUUGCAUCGUCGUCUCUCUCUCUCCCCUAUAUUAGCCUUACUCGUUAUCUCUGUCUAUUUUUCGCUAGCUCGAGUGUAGUUGGUUACCGAAGAGUUGAUAUAUUAGCAUAUCAUAGUGUUAAUCGGUUCACUGAUUCCGCGAUGGAGGAUGAAAAAGACGCGUUUUACAUUGUUCGUAAAGGAGACAUCAUUGGUGUGUAUCGAAGCUUGAGCGAAUGCCAAGAACAAGCUGGAUCAUCUGUUUCAGGUCCUGCAAUGAGUGUGUACAAAGGAUAUGGUUGGCCAAAAGGAGCAGAAGACUUGAUAUCGUCGUUUGGAAUUAAGAACGCUCUCUUUUCUAUCAACGCAAGUUAUGUCAAAGAUGAUGUUUUUGGGAAACUCAUUCCUUGUCCUGUUCAGCAGCCAACAUCUUUUCUCCAAGGAGCGACUAACUACAAACCUUCACAACCUAAGAGGUUGCAAGAAAUGGGAAGUGAUGAAUCGGGGUCAUUUUCCGCGAGUCCUCCGCAAAAGCAACUUAAGAUAGAAAAGGGCAUGGUUCCUCGGGUUAUUCCUGCCAAUCACGAUUCAAUUACUAUCGAGUUUGACGGUGCUUCCAAAGGAAACCCAGGAAAAGCUGGUGCGGGAGCUGUUCUUCGUGCUUCAGAUAAAAGUGUGCUCUUCUAUUUACGUGAGGGUGUGGGCACUGCCUCGAACAACGUUGCAGAGUAUCGAGCUCUGAUUCUUGGUCUCAAGUGUGCUCUUGAGAAAGGGUUUAGAAAUGUGCGCGUCCAAGGAGAUUCAAUGCUUGUCUGUAUGCAGGUUCAAGAUGCAUGGAAAACCAAACACCCGAAAAUGGCUGAGCUUUGCAAACAGGCCAAGGAGCUUAAGAGGCAGUUUAAAUCAUUCCAUAUUCAACACGUUGACAGGGAGUUCAAUUCUGAUGCUGAUACUCAAGCUAACUAUGCGAUCCAUCUCGCAGAGGGUCAAACGAAAGAGAUUGCAGGCGGCUAGAAGAGGAGAUUACUAUAGACGUAGAAAAUAGUAAUAUUCCUCCUGUUUUCUUGUUUCUCGGAUCGUGUCUUUUAUAGGAGUAAGUGUUUGCUAUAAACGUGAACAUUUUCAUUUCUGUCUCUUGCUCUGUCCCCAGCCUGUUGGAUUCCUAAGAACAUGUCUAAUGUUUCUCUUCUCUUCCUCUUAAAUUCUGUUCAAUGAUUUUCCAAAUGAUAAUGUUUUUA